GAAUUAAAAGAAGAAACGAUUAAGGAGCUACAAGAACAGUUUAAUGAGUUAAAUGGACAGACCAAUCAAGUAGAAGGUGAUGAACCCAGUUUAUCGCAAGUUGCACAAGCAAAAAAGAAAAAUAGAUCAGCGAUGAAAUCUUUUUUUUCUUCAAUUCAACAGCAACGUAAUGAAUCCUCCAAUCAAUCAGAAUUUGAUAAAUACCUUUUCAUUCCUCAAAUAGACCAAACCGAAGAAAAUAAUCCACUAACUUGGUGGAAGCAACGAAAAUCAGAUUUUCUGAUGCUCUGCUUAUUUGCAAAAAAGUAUCUUUCCAUUCCUGCAUCUUCUAUUCCUUCUGAACGCCUAUUUUUAGAUGCGGGCAACCAU